GGCCGGGCGGUGGGGUCGGGAGCUAUAAAGCCAGCGGGGCCCAGCAGCCAGCAGCCGCCCCCCCGGGACCACCUGCACCCUGACACGGACGGCAAGCAGGUCACUGUCCCCCGCCAUGGCCCUGUGGACGCGCCUCCUGCCCCUGCUGGCGUUGCUGUCCCUCUGGACCCCUGCCCCGACCCGAGCCUUCGUCAACCAGCACCUGUGCGGCUCCCACCUGGUGGAGGCUCUGUACCUGGUGUGCGGGGAGCGAGGCUUCUUCUACACGCCCAAGGCCCGCCGGGAGGCGGACGACCUUCAGGGGAAGGACGCGGAGCUGGGGGAGGCGCCCGGAGCGGGCGGCCUGCAGCCCUCGGCCCUGGAGGCGCCCCUGCAGAAGCGGGGCAUCGUGGAGCAAUGCUGUGCCAGCGUCUGCUCGCUGUACCAGCUGGAGCAUUACUGCAACUAGAGGGCGCCCGGAGCCCGCCGCCCCUGCGCCCCAACCCGUCCAAUAAACCCUUGAACGAGC